CUCCGGUGUGGUAGUGAGCGAGUGGUGCGAGAAGAGUCACCCUGAGCCAAGCUAAAAAUUGUGUCUACAACCUCUCUCUCUCGAUUUCAUAUACUUUCCCUCAACCUUUUUAACGCACAUCACCGUCUUCAGUCUCGUGGCGCUCGUAUUGAAGUUUCUUUUGACUCACCUCGGUCGCCUACUCCGUCGAGCUUCACUGAAAUACUAUAACUCUUCCCGCCAAAGCCGUAGAAAUGGUCACUAUCGCUGCCGAUGACACCAGAGUCCUUGGACAGGAUCCUCUGAUCCCUCCUGCUCUUCUCACCUCCGAGAUCCCUCUACCCGAGAAGGCCACAAACACCGUUGUCAAGGGCCGUCAAGAUGCUGCCGACAUUGUCCUUGGCCAGAGCGACAGACUCCUCGUCGUUGUCGGUCCCUGCUCCAUUCACGACCCUGCCGCCGCUCUGGAAUACGCUUCCAGACUCAAGGAGCUCUCUGACAAGCUCUCCGACGAUCUCUGCAUCGUGAUGCGCGCCUACCUCGAGAAGCCCCGAACAACCGUUGGCUGGAAGGGUCUCAUCAACGAUCCCGAUAUCGACAACUCCUUCAAGAUUAACAAGGGUCUCCGCGUUUCUCGUCAGCUGUUCGUUGACUUGACCAGCAAGGGUCUGCCUAUUGCUACCGAGAUGCUCGAUACCAUUUCUCCUCAGUUCCUUGCCGACUGUAUCUCCGUUGGUGCCAUUGGUGCCCGUACCACCGAGUCCCAGCUGCACCGUGAGCUUGCUUCCGGUCUGUCUUUCCCUGUUGGUUUCAAGAACGGCACAGACGGUAGUCUUGGUGUUGCCAUUGACGCCAUUGGCGCUGCUGCUGCUCAGCACCACUUCAUGGGUGUCACAAAGCAGGGCCUUGCUGCUAUUACCCGCACCAAGGGUAACGAGCACUGCUUUGUUAUUCUCCGUGGUGGAACCAAGGGCACAAACUUCGACAAGGAGAGCGUCCAGGCUGCUAAGAAGGUCCUUCAGGAUAAGAAGCAGAAGGAGGCUAUCAUGAUUGAUUGCUCCCACGGUAACUCCUCCAAGAACCACAAGAACCAGCCCAAGGUUGCCAAGGUUGUUGGUGAACAACUUCGUGAGGGCGAGAAGGCCAUCAUUGGUGUCAUGAUCGAGUCCAACAUUGGCGAGGGUAACCAAAAGGUUCCCGCUGAGGGUCCUGCUGCUCUCCAGCGUGGUGUCAGCAUUACUGAUGCUUGCAUCAACUGGGAGGACACAGCCGUUGUGCUCGAGGACUUGGCUGACGCUGUCCGCACUCGCCGCAAGGUCAACCGCUCUUAGAAGGUUGCACCUGUGGAGUAGAAGGAGUGGAAUACAAGGAUUUAGUUAAAAAUGCUGUGUUGUUUUGGGAGUUAAUGAAUAGACCUAGGUAGAAAGGUCAGGUGAUGGAAAAGUCGGCGCACAUAGGUUGCAUGGAAAUUGGCACAAUGCCUGAUCUUUUUAUCAUAUACACUCAUGAAUAUUCCGAACAUUGCUAAAGGGGUCAACUGACCUCCUGUAAACUUCAGAUAACCCAAGGACGCCAAACUCCUCUACCGAGUGACGGAGACAGAUACCACACCUAUCCAAACACAGAUGAGUACGAUGCCAUAUCAUUUAUCAUCUCAUCGGAAGUUCCCUUGCAUGGGAGCAUAAUUGCUGCCCUGUCUUCCAAACGUAGGCCCCUGGCGCAAUGCUACAACCUUCUUGAACGCAGCCCAGCCCAACAAUCCAACAGUACCAAUAAUGAAAGCCCAUACGAUGAUCUUGUCUUUGUUGCUGUCACGUUGAAAGCACAUAGUCGUGACGUCCUCUUCUGUCGCGUCCUUGCAGAAGUCAAUGCCCUGCUUGAGACAAAAGGCCUUGGUACAUUCGG